UAGUUAUUAGCCAAGCUUUGCCACUUGUCAACGACACAAGCAAGGGAAGUGACCCAUUUGGACACGUGUCAAACGACACCACAGAUGUUGUAAUACUGGGAUGACAGCAGGAAUGGCCAAGGCCAUUGCCAGAAGAUGCCAUGCAUGGACGUGUCAGCUUGGGGUUCUUCUAUAAUUAAGUGCCAGAGAAGAAGUUGAUGUGAAAAAGAAAGGGUUCUUCCUUCUUUGUAGAAGGUUCUUUGUUAAUUAGGGUACUUCAGAUUCUGAGAAUUUUUCUUCUCUGAUUCUCCUCAAUUGGAGAAGACCUCAGCUCAAACAUGAAGGUUCAUGAGACAAGGUCUCAAUCUCAUUCAGAAGACAGAAUGAUGACAAAGAAGCACAAGGCAGAGAACAAGGGGCAUGAAGCUGAGCACUCUCCGAAGAGGCCGAGGCAGCCACCGCCGGAGAACGACAGCGGCCAUUCUAAUGGGGAGGGUGCUGCACAUAUAGCUUCUGAGUAUGAGGAAUUCUGUAUAGCAAUCAAUGAGCACCUUUCACUUGAUCAUAUGCGCGAAAUUCUGGAUGCCAAUGGCCUAGACUCCUCCGGUUCUGAUACCUCAGUAGUCCGAAGAUGCCAAGACUUACUUUUCUAUGGAGCAUUAGACAAAUGCCCUGUUUGUAGUGGCACUCUGGAGUACAAUGGGAUACGUUUUUCUUGCAAUGGUUCAUACAGUGAGUGGUCAACUUGCACCUUCAGCACAAGGGACCCGCCAAGGAAAGAUGAACCCAUCAUAUUACCAGAUUCUGUGCUCAACUCCCCUGUUUCAGAUUUGCUGAAGAAAUAUCAAGACCCGAGUCACCGUCCCGGCAAAAAUUUAAAAGCAACUGAUAAACCUUUCAUAGGAAUGACUAUUUCCCUGAUGGGGCGUCUCUCACGAACCCAUCAAUACUGGAGAAAAGAGAUUGAGAAACAUGGAGGGAAAGUUGCCAACUCUGUUAUUGGUGUGGCUUGUCUAGUUGCUGCCAGUGCUGAACGAGACCGCGGGGGCACAUCUAAGCUAGCUGAAGCAAUGGAUAGAGGCAUACCUGUAGUGAGAGAAGAAUGGUUGGUAGACAGCAUUGAGAAACAAGAAGUGCAGCCUCUUGAAGCUUAUGAUAUAGUAUCUGAUCUCUCUGUGGAGGGAAGAGGAAUCCCUUGGGACAAACAAGAUCCAAGUGAAGAAGCACUAGAAUCAAUAUCAGCUGAACUCAAGAUUUUUGGAAAGAGAGGAGUAUACAAGGAUACUAAGUUGCAAGAACAAGGAGGGAAAAUCUUUGAGAGGGAUGGCUUACUAUACAACUGUGCCUUUUCCCUUUGUGAUAUGGCCCAGGGACUAAAUCAUUACUGUAUAAUGCAACUGAUUAUGGUACCGGAGAACCGUCUCCAUUUGUAUUACAAGAAAGGUAAAGUUGGUGAUGACCCAAACGCAGAGGAAAGGCAGGAAGAAUGGGAGAAUGUGGACCAUGCCCUGAAAGAGUUUGUGAGGCUGUUUGAGGAAGUAACUGGCAAUGAGUUUGAACCAUGGGAAAGAGAGAAAAAGAUCCAGAAGAAGCCAUUGAAAUUCUAUCCUAUAGAUAUGGCUGAUGGAGUAGAAGUAAGGCAUGGGGCUCUGAGCCUUCGGCAGCUAGGAAUUGCUGCAACACAUUGCAGACUUGAGCCUCUUGUUGCAAAUUUGAUGAAAGUAUUGUGCAGCCAGGAGAUAUACAAGUAUGCCUUUAUGGAAAUGGGAUUAGACUCUCCAGACCUGCCAUUAGGGAUAGUUUCCAAUGUCCACUUGAAGAGAUGUGAGGAAGUCCUUCUGGAGUUCAUUGAAACUGUGAAAACAAUGAGAGAAUCUGGAAGAAGAGCUGAGGCAGUCUGGUCUGACUUCAGCCAAAGAUGGUUUACUCUCAUGCACUCUACCAGGCCUUUCAUUUUCAGGGAUUUUCAUGAACUUGCAGAUCAUGCUGCGUCUGCAUUCGAGACUGUCCGAGACAUAACAGUGGCUUCAAGUCUCAUAGGAGAUAUGAGUGGAGGUACCCUUGAUGACCCUUUAUCAGAUAGAUACAACAAACUGGGCUGUUCAAUCUCUCCUCUGGAGAAAAACUCUGAUGACUACAAGAUGAUCUUGAAUUACCUGGAAAAGACCUAUGAACCUGUCAAAGUUGGUGAUAUUGAAUAUGGGGUCUCUGUAGAAAACGUUUUUGUAGUUGAAUCCAAGGCUUGCCCUUCUCUUGAAGAAAUGAAGAAACUUCCAAACAAAGUCCUAUUAUGGUGUGGCUCAAGAAGUUCCAACAUGUUAAGGCACCUGCAUCAAGGGUUUUUGCCAGCAGUAUGCUCUCUUCCUGUUCCAGGAUACAUGUUUGGCAAGGCCAUUGUUUGUUCUGAUGCUGCAGCAGAAGCAGCUAGGUAUGGAUAUACUGCAGUGGAUAGGCCAGAAGGGUUCUUGGUUUUGGCUGUAGCUUCACUAGGGAAUGAAAUAACAGAAGUGAAGAGCCCACCAGAGGAUACAGAGUCUUUGGAAGAGAAAAAGGUGGGAGUGAAGGGUUUGGGUAGAAAAAAAACAGAUGAAUCAGAGCACUUGACUUGGGAAGGAGACAUCAAAGUCCCGUGUGGUCGUUUGGUUUCCUCGGAGCAUAAAGAUAGCUUCCUUGAAUAUAAUGAAUAUGCAGUCUAUGACCCCAGACAGGUCUGUAUAAGGUUUCUGGUGGCAGUAAGGUUUGAAGAGAAGGAUGCUGUGUUAGACACGGAGGAGUGAAAAGGGAUGUACCAGAAGAAGAUAGCUAUGACAGAA